CUCAAAGUUCCGUGUUAACAGUCAGGCAUUUCAUUGUUUGAUUUGUAGUCAACAUUGUCAUUCAGGACUCUUCUGGCCCGCAGCUCUAAGAUCUUUGUAGUCAUGUCUGACCGAGGCUCUUUUGAUACCAACGUGGUGACUUUAACCCGGUUUGUGCUGGAGGAAGGGAGGAAAGCGAAGGGGACAGGGGAGCUCACUACCCUGCUCAAUUCGAUGUGCACGGCGGUCAAAGCCAUCUCCACAGCCGUGAGGAAAGCUGGCAUCGCCAACCUGUAUGGCAUAGCGGGCAGCACCAAUGUGACUGGGGACCAGGUGAAGAAGCUGGACAUCCUGUCUAACAACCUGGUUAUCAACAUGAUCAAAUCCUCCUUCACAUCCUGUGUCCUGGUGUCAGAGGAGGAUGACACCGCCAUCAUAGUAGAACCAGACAGACAGGGUAAAUACGUGGUGUGUUUUGACCCUCUGGAUGGCUCCUCCAACAUCGACUGCUUGGCUUCCAUCGGCACCAUCUUUGCUGUCUUUAGGAAGACGACAGAGGACGACCCGUGUGAGAACGACGCACUGCAGCCCGGAAGGAACAUCGUUGCGGCUGGAUACGCCCUCUAUGGCAGCGCCACCAUGAUGGUACUGUCCACUGGGCAGGGGGUCAACUGCUUCAUGUUGGACCCGGCCAUAGGUGAGUUCAUUCUGGUGGACAGAGAUCUAAAGAUCAAACCGAAAGGGAAUAUCUACAGUCUGAAUGAAGGAUACACCAAAUACUUUGACCCCGCUGUCACGGAGUACCUGCAAAAGAAGAAGUUCCCCGAGGAUGGGAGUGCCCCGUACGGUGCCCGCUAUGUGGGUUCUAUGGUAGCAGACGUCCACAGGACCCUGGUCUAUGGAGGAAUCUUCCUCUACCCUGCUAACGUCAAGAGCCCUGAGGAAAGGUGGGCCCUGACCUCUAACCUCUCAAGGGGAAAGAUGGGUCAAGAUGUUGUAGCUUUGUGUCCUGGCUUGUUUAGUUUCCUAAUGUGGAGGGUCACAAUGUGAUCAAUGUGUGUUCAUCUCCUCUAUUGCUGAAAGCAGAAGAGCUGGAGCUGAAAUAGGAAAUGGAGGUGGUGUUCUUGGCAUGUCACAACAGUGAUGUCUUCAGAACAGUGAC